UUUGAUGAUCAGGGAAAUUCUCCAAAAAGGAACGUCGCGCUAAGAAAAGGGAAGAAAGAAAGUUUAAAAUUGCCUCUUUCGCACGGGCAUCUUUGAUUUUGACCAUCAUGUUCUCUCUCUAGAAUCGAUGGCGUCCUAAUCAUGUCUCAACAACUAUACAACAGGCUCAUAGUUGGUGAUGCAAACAAGAAGAUAUGGAUGCCAAACUUUCGAUCUUGCUUUCGACUUUUGUUGAUUGCAAGAGUAAUGAGUGCAUUAUAUUCAAAUAUAACCGAUUGUGAUGAAACGUACAAUUAUUGGGAACCAUUACACCUUUUAACUCAUCCACCAGCCCCGUCUGGAAUUUCUCAAACACCUUUUCAAACAUGGGAAUAUUCACCACAAUUCGCUAUUCGAUCUUGGGCUUAUAUCGUGCAAUAUGCUCCGAUUGCUGGAACGAUCAUGCGCUUGCUUGGUAAAGAGAAAUCUGCUUCUUUUUAUGCAACGAGAGCGUUUCUGGCCUUUUGUUCUUCUAUGACAGAAGCUGCUUUGCUACAAACGAUUGCAGAUUUCAUUCAUCCUCAUAUUGCACGUUAUACACUCGUGUUACUGGUAUUCUCAGCUGGACUCUAUGAAAGCUCAACUGCAUUAUUACCUUCAACUUUUGUCAUGUAUACGACAACAUGGGCAAUGUCGUUCGCUUUCAAGCCAUCGACUGAAGGGUAUGAUCGUUUUCCUAUCAAUAGGACAAUUUCGUCAACCGGCAAUCGUUUCAGGACGUUAGCAGCAACGGCCAUAUUCGCAUUGGGCGCUUUGCUGGCAUGGCCUUUUGCGUUGGUGCUGGCGCUACCAUUCGUGUUUGAAGAGCUGUUUUUGCCUUCUGGGCUAUUGGUUCAAGGAAAAGGAUAUAUUGAUUUUGUCUUGCUUCGUACCGGCCGAUGGAUUAAGACAGUGGUGAUUUCCGCUCUGAUUGCCGUUCCGAUCAUCUUUGUCGACUCUAUGGCGUAUGCAAGGCUGGCAAUCGUGCCUUUGAAUAUAAUCACAUACAACGUUCUCUCUGCUCGAAGAGGAGCAGGUCCUGAAUUGUACGGGGUUGAGCCAUGGUAUUAUUACCUCUUGAACCUUGCGCUGAACUUUGGACCAGCUUUGGUGUUUGCUUUGAUCAGCUUGCCAAUGAUGUUGCUGAUCGCAAUCUUUGAUCCGGAGCGUAUUUCAUUCUCGUCAUCGAGCACAUUCGCACAAGAUGCAUCUAAAAAGAAAUCAAAUGCGAAUGUCAUCGACUCUUCUCCUGGUCUUCUUUUGACUUUUCGUCUUUUGCCGUUCUACUUGUGGCUUGGACUGCUUACCCUGCAAGCGCAUAAGGAAGAGCGAUUCGUGUAUCCCGCCUAUCCUCUCUUAUGCUUCAAUGCAGCGGUCGGUCUGUACUGCUUCAAAUCACUUCUGGACGCCAUCAUUGCAAGCUUGACAAAUGGUCAGCAGAGCAAGUCUUCUCGCCAACAAGGCUUCGGUAUAACAACGAUCAUAACUGGUGCCAUCCUGGCUGUGACUUGUUUGAUUUCAAUCUCGCGAUCUUUGCACACCACGCACUCGUACAAUGCGCCAUUUGACGUCUUGCGGCAUCUGUCAGAGGAGGAGUUGCCUCGUGUGAUCAGGCAUAACUUUCCAGUGGGUGCAGGUGCCAAACAGAUUGGUUCACCUCAGGCGGCUAGAGGAGAAGUAGAUAUGUCCCUGUUGCUCAAGCUCCCGAGAACCUCUCAGCAAGAAGAGCCAUUGAGGUUAUGCUAUGGAAAGGAGUGGCAUAGAUUUCCGAGUACGUACCUUGUACCUGAUGGAGUAAAGGUGGACUUUAUCGCAUCCGAAUUCAGAGGAAUUCUUCCGAAACAUUUUGCAAGAGGAGAAGAAGCAAAGUCUGCCUCCGUACAAACGAAUGCCUUCUCCAAUCUAUCCCCCACGUUCUGGCCUUGGGGAUUAUUUACCCAACCGAUGCGAGAUGGUUUCAAUGAUCUCAAUCGUGAAGAGCCAGAUAGGUACGUUGAUAUAGACAGUUGUGAUUAUUUGGUGGAUAUAGAUUGGACGCACAGGUAUGCAGAUCAAUCACUGGUGGAAGAAGCUGCAAAUUCGAGAGAGCCAAGAUACCUCCUGGACCAGGAAAAGUGGACUGCCAUUCAUUGUACUGAUUUCUUGGACGCAGGCUGGAGUCGAGCAGAUCCAGGAGCAUCAAAGCUGGAAAAGGUACGAGCGACGAUCGAUCGUGCUUUUCAUAUACCCAACCCUUUCCGUGGCCGAACGAAUCGAUAUGGUCAAUACUGUCUUUUGCGAACGAAACGGACAAACAGCUUUGCCAAUCAGUGAUGAGGAUAUAUAGACAUUGUUCGCUGCGCUAGAUGCUGUAUACUCUAACACUCUCAAAAUCAUGUAAAAGUUAAAAUGGUCAAUUCGCCCGCCCUUUCAGGAUGGUGAUCUAGUAUGAUCAAUGAAAUUGAU